AUAAAGCCAUCAAAUAAAAACUAAGUAAUAUACACAAGUGAAAUAUUGUAAUAUUUCAUAGUAAUCUCCUAUUUUUCUAUUGAUGUCUACCAAAUGUGGACCUGACAGAAAAAAAUGUGAAUGUUCACUGUUGUUGGCUUCAGAAUUUCCAUGAAAAAGCUCUAAAAUCAUUUGAAUGCCAUUAUUUCAUCAUGCAUUUAAUGUUAAAAAAAUUAUCGUAAACAAAAUUUAAAAAAAUAGAAAAUUGUGAACCGAAACCGAAUCCGAAUCGACCUCAAAAAACACUUAUCGCUCAGCACUAGUUCCACGUAGAACCCUCUGUGGAAAUGGUUCUACAUGGAACCCGAAAAGUUUCUAUCAGGAACCAAAAGGGUUUUACUUAGAACCAAAAAGGUUUAGUCAAAUGGUUCUCUUAUGGGGACAGAUAGCACCUUUUUAUAUGAGUGUAGAGAGUGCACAAGACAUAAGGCAUAUAAGUCGCUUGGAGUGGUGAGAGACAGAAGGGGGAGGGGAUGUGGGGGAAAGAGACUGGGAGAGAGAAGCUGCUGUGUGUGGACUGUGGCUUGCAGCUGCAAUUGUGGAAGAGCGAGAAAGCGUGCUCAUGUGAGAGAGACUCAGAGACUACCAGAGAGAGAGAGAGAGAGAGAGAGAGAGAAAGCAAAAGAGGGUGUACGAAUUCUGUAGAGGCAGUGUGAUACAAGGACUAUACAUUUCCUGUCUCCUAUCAGCCGGAUUUACUCCGAAAAGGACAUCAAUGACCAUUGGACCAUAUACUUCUCCACAAUAUUGCAGGCACUAAAGGUGGACUUUUAGUGCAGUGACAAUGCAGGAGCAUCUCUCAGUCCAGCACAUGGGCACCAGGAGCACACAUUUCUCCUAGUAGUGAGGUUUGUCCUGGGCCUCGUCCGGACUACCAUGACUGACCUCCUGGCCAACCUGAGUGUUCCAUGGGGCACACAGGCGAUUGUGUGCCCCAACCUGACAGCAGCAGCCCUGGUUGUGCCGGGGUCAGGCAAGUCUCUGGCCCCCUUCUGCACCUUCUGCUGCUGUGGCCUGCUGAACCGUACCCUGGCCGUGGUGUUUAUGGUCAGUCUGGCCUUCGCCAUAGUGGUGGGCAACGUGGUCACGCUCACCGUCUUCAUGCAGACAAGACAGGUCCGUACACCACAGGGAUACCUCAAAGUCUCUCUGGCCAUAGCGGACAUGAUGGUUGGAGUGCUGGUGGUUCCUUUCUCUGUCUACACUGAGAUCUCUCUGAUGGUGACCAGCUCCUCUCCUGUCUGGUACCAGGGGGGCACUGACCCCUCCAUGGGGGGCCUGGUGGGACCCUGGCAGCCCUGCAUGCUGAUUGGUCCAGUCUUCGCUGGCUGUACGUUUGUCUCCAUCAGUACUAUUUUCCUGAUGACGGUAGAGCGCUGUGUGGCCAUCUUAUGGCCCCUACAUAAGGACCACCUGGUGACACGGAGACGCACCCUGUUUCUCAUCCUCUUCUCCUGGGCAGGCAGUUACCUUCUGGCCCUAGCCCCCCUCAUCCUCAGCAACAACUUCACACUGGAGUACAGUGAGUGCAGCCGGAUGUGUAACUAUGUCCCCCUGUGGGAUGGAGUCACUCUGCCCUCUGACGCCAACAUCCUCCUACUGUUCCCCGUGUUUGACUUUACGCUGCUGGGCGGCACCCUGGUAUUCAACAUCCUGUCCUUCACCAGCAUCCGCCGCUACACACGCAAACGUAAGCUCAUGUCAGAGGGGAAUGUGGGGGUCGAGGGAGGGGGAGGCGGCUGCCAACAUAGACCCUCCUUCUCUGACAUCAAGGCCGCCAAGACGAUCAGCAUUCUGACGUUUGCCUUCACGGCUUCCUUCACCCCCAUCGCUGUGUUUGUGCUGGGCAACGUGGUGGGCUUCACCUGGUGCAACUUCUCCUUUGUAGCCUUCUGGAUCCUGACUGGGAACAGCUGCUGUAAUGUGAUAAUAUACAGCGUGAGAGACCAGCGCUUCAGGAAAGGAGUGACUCUGCUUUUUCAGAGGGAGCAUUCACCUACCCACGGGGAGAAAGGCGGAGCUACCCCCCCCACUCACCUUGUGACUACAACCCCACCUCCUUAAACUAUUUUGAAAAGACAACCAGUGCCCUUUUCUUUAACUUUACUAUGGAGAGAGGGAUUUAAUCAGCAUUUAACUUCAGGUAAAAAAAAUUCACUGUGUCUAAAUAAUGAAAGAUAACUGUAGCUACCCUAUGUGGGAUCUAGUAGUUGCCAGCUAUUCCCAGCAUCAUUUAAAUCAUAUGACUCAAGCCGUCUCAUUGGACUAGGUGAGAUAUCUGUGGGGGAUAUCUUAAUAACAUGCACUUUAUCAUAAGUCAUAAGUAAGUAAUGCAUGGUUUUCAUUUGUUUUGUGACCGUCCAGAAACAUGUUAAUUUUGCACAAUUUUCUCUAUAAUAGCUUUUAUUUUUGCUACAAUACCACACUAUAUUCAUGAGGAUGGCGUAAUCAAAUGUGAGUGAAUGAAUUGUACGAAUGUUUUGAAUCUAAAUGAAGAGAGAUGUUGAUGUUUUGUACAGUUAUGGGCCAUUCGACGGGUCUGUCAUCUGUACUACACAGUAAUGCAUAAUUAUGGUUAGGAAUAUCAUUCUCUUCAAGGUGAUGUAUCCUAAAUAGGUACAGAAAGGUUUACAUAUGCAAGAUCUUCUUUUGCAUAUUUGGAUAUUAUUCUGCACACGGGCUAUUAGUUUAAUGAGCUCUGCCCCCAAACAAGACCAAAUUAAAUCUGAACCAAUCAUAGAUGUCUUUGUUUCACAAGUUUAGACAUCAAAGUACAGCACAGUACAAUUCAGCACAGUAGAGUACAAUACAGCACAGUAGAGUACAGUUCAGCACAGUAGAGUACAAUACAGCACAGUAGAGUACA